CUGCUUGUUCAACAAGAGACGGGCGGCAGUUCAGUAGCUCUUUUUCCUAUCACUCUUAUUGUCGUCGUCGAUAGAAACUGCACAUUUACAACUCUUACCUCCAUGUUGCGGUAGCCUCAUUGCGUGCGCCGACCUUUAUCCUCGUUGCGACAUAGAGCUCUUCCUUUAUCUGCGUCAUUUGGAGCCAAGGAAGAAUGUCGGCACUCAGCGCCCCGAAGGAAGCAAGCUUCCCUUCGGUCGAAAAGCACCUGGAAGAUCAAGCGGCAUCAGCAGCAUUGUAUCAACCCAGAGAUACAGCCUCCAAGCAGCGCGCUUCCUCAAUCCUGGAUAAGAAUGGUCGGCUAUCUUCUGCCAGCGCCGCCACCUCUCUGAAAUACGCUCGAGCUGAAGACCUACCUUCGUAUCCUUCCAAGGGAGGAGUCAAACUGGCAUCUGCCGGUGCCGCCGCAAGUCUCGCAGACUCCAAUAAGAAAUCAGUCGACCUUUGGAAACCGGGUAAUAUUCCUGCGGCAAACAUUGCUGCAGAUAAAGCCAAAGACUAUGAGAUGGACCCCCUGUGGGAGCCAGAAUUAAGCAAGGCCGGUUCGAAGGCAGCACUGAUCGCGAACAGAGACCAGGCCCCAGUGACUAUAUGGAGGGCCACAGAAUCAGAGAAUGGAUCUACUGCUGCGAUUUCCGCACUUCAGAACCAGUCUUCUCCCCCUGCCAUAACUGAGAGAGAAGUAUCGAAGGAUGGGCGCCAGAAGGCAUUGCUAGCCGCAACAGCAUCCAUGUCAAGCGGAAGACGUCGAGCAGAGUCAGCUCCCAUGAAACCACAGCCUCCACCAGGCAACUCUGCAUGGGCUCUGAAAGCCGCAAAUUCGAUAUCCGGAAGGAACUCGUCCGAUAUCCCACGUCCGCAACAGAGCACCGACUCCUCAAAUUUAGAUCCAGCUCGAAUUCAAAACAUGGCGCGCAAAAACGUGAAUAGGCAGAUGUACACCGCAAACCCACCGGUGGCAAUCGAGGUCGAAGAGAGGAACAGGCAGGAUACGUUGCGAGCUUCAGCAGUAGCUAUGGCCAAAAAGAUGUAUGCCAUUCAACAAACUCACAUCGAUGAUGCCAGAGGCAUUCGGCGUUCAGAAAGCCAUUACGCCGCACACACUGCCAGGAAGAGAGCGCAAUCCGAUGCGGCCAACGAAGCUAUCCCUGAAGAACUCCCUCGAUACCAAAACUUGGAGGAAGCUGCGCGCAAACUGGCGCAGGAGCGACUUGCUAAACUACAUGACGAAAAUGCUGAAUACCGGCAAUACUACGUACAGACAUCGCCACAAAAACAGUCGCGAUUGUCGUUACGAGGACGCCCUCGACGGACAUCUAAUCUGCAAGAUGAUAGCGAUUCGGAUGAAGAACAGUCUCGCAGAAUCAAAACGCAGAUGUCCAUCUUCCAAAGCAAGCUGGCUGAGGUCGACACCAAGAAGCGACAAGCUGACAGGGACAAUUUAUUGGCCAUUGCUCACAAGAACGUUACUGCACGCAUGAAUGCCAUCGAUGAGAAGGUCUUCUCGGAAACAGGAAAGACUAGCCCGCAACAGCGUGAGCAAUGGGAGCGACAAGCACGAGAAAGAGCUCAACGAGAUAGUGAUGAAAGAAUGGUCAAUGUUGGCAAAGUCCACAUCGGUGGAGGUAAAUACCUCGAUCAAUCGGAAAUCGACGCAAUUGCGAGGGCUCGAUUGCAACCAACCUUUGACGAGAUUAACGAGAAAGCCGAAGCACAACGCGCUAGAGACGAAGAGAUCAGGAAAGAACAGGAAAGAAUCAAGGCUGAGCAAGAAGCUGAAAGACAACGACAAGCAAAAAUCAAGGCUGAGCAGAAAGCAGUUGCAGAUCGUGAGAAAGCAGAAGUCCGAGCUCAAAAGGCCGAAGAGAAACGAAAGCUUGAAGAGCAGAAGCAUGAAGAACGUCGUAUCAAAACCGAACAAAAGGCCGCCGAGAAGAAAGCACGUGAAGAAGCUCUUGCCGCAUCAAGGGGUACGGAAGCGACACCGACUAAGAAAGGGUUCGCGGGUUUCCUGUCGAGAGGUACUGCCGGAGCGGGAGCUGGAGCGGUUGCAGCAGGGGCUACACCUGCUGCUGAAGUCGCUGUUGAGGGUACUACAGGAUCUGUUGAUAGACCUGUCUACCCGACAAUGCCACCAGUGGAACCAGGAGAACUCGCUGGGGACACUGUCCACGAUCAGGUCACUUCCGACAAGGGUGAAGCUCCACAUAUCAUAUCAACUGACAAUGAGGCCGGUGUUGCGGGUUUGCACGAGGAGGUGACAACAGACGAGCGUGAAGCUCCGCACGUCAUUUCCGCCGAUACUGAGGCUGGUCUCGGGGCGAAGUCGUUGGAAGAGACGACAGACGCUGAACCUGUCACAGAGAGUGGUGUGAAGGACGCCGUCUCUGGUCAGCCGUAUUCAGCAGUACAAGAACCAACAUCAGCUACGUCGCCCACUUCCCCAACCUCACCGUCCAAGAGAGCCUCGACAUUGGGGUCAUGGUUCAAGAAAUUCAGGACUGGAUCUAAGGCGGAGAAUGAUGCCGAGAAGCCGGCUCUGACAGUUGCUGAGCCUACGACUGCCACUGCCGACCACACCCAAGGUAUUGAGGAGGAAGAAGAUGAGCCGGCCACCGACUCGAUACGCGACGUUGCUCUGGCAGGUCGAAAGAGCGACGCGGAAACUGAUGACUUGUACGGAGGAUCUGCUCUAGAGGAAGGAAGAGUAUCACCGGUGCAAGAGGGGCAUGGUGAGACCUACGACGCUGUCACCGACCCAGCAAGACCCAUCAGUCCGGUAUCCGAGUCUGAUGCCGACGAGGAGCCAUAUGUGAUGGCCGCUGAUGUUGCCUCAUCCAAGUACGAAUCCGAACAUGGCGGUGGGUCGAAGAGAAAUUCUGGCAUGAAUCAGCUGGACGCUGACGCUGGCGCUGUAUCUGACACUGACUCCGAGCCACGAGGCAGGAAAGGUUUCCGCGAACGCUUCCUCCAGAAAGUCAUUCCUGGCAGAGCGGACAAGGAGAAGCACAAGUCAACCACUGAGCCUACGGUAGCCGUAGCCUCUCCUAUCGCCGAAGAGCCAGCAGAGACCGAGACAAAGACCGAUGCCAAACCUCAUGCCAAUCCGGCCACAGGGAUCCUCGCGGACACAGAGCCUCUACGUGAAAAGAUUCAGGAGCCAUCAACGACUUCAACGGAAGUGCCCGACACGGGAGCUACUACUCCAGCAUUGACGCAGACUCAGACCAAUGGUGACGAUGACGAUGAUUUUGAGGAGGCUCGCGACACGUUCGAUGAGCAGAGACUGCCGGCCACUGCAAGCAUGGCUAAGAUGGAGUCACCGCGCUUGGUCGAAGUCGGCAAGAAGUCUGAAGAUGGGUCUUCUGUCGGUGGGCGCAACAGCAUUGGUAGCGCCACUGGCAGUCGAUUCACCGAGGAGCUCUAAGUUUAUGUGAAAGGAUGGGAAAGGACGGAGAUUUGGGACACCCUGAUACACCCGUUUGCAUGUGUUCUACUUCUUGCUUGACGUGCCUGUGUUUGGUGCCUUGGUAACUGGAUAUCCUGCUCUGUCUACGAUUUUGCUAUUGUGCUGUCUACUACGUCUGCUUCGCCAGUCAUGCAAUACUAUAUUUCCACGCCUUUUCGUGUCCAAGCAGAGUAUGCACUACAUGUCUGAACGCGACGCAUGUAUCACAUCAAUAAUACAGUUUUGCACUGAUGUGCUGGUGCGUAUUGAAGAAGUGUUGAAGAAGCGAUUUGUCCAGCCAGCCUUCC